UAAAUAGAUAUUGGCCCAAAGUGUUUGUUCCGGUCCAGUUAGAAAAUCACAUGCCCGAGACAUGGGGAAAUCUCACGCAGUCUUCACCACGCCGUUCGUCUAAUUCGCUGAGGGUGUUGUUAAGGAUUUUUAUUGGUGGCAAAAGUAGGAGACUGAGGUUUUGUGGGGGUGUUAAAAAGAUGGACAACAACAAAGGAACCAGAACAUCAUCAACUACCCUUCCAAUGUCAAAGGUGCCUCCCAUCAUGGAAGAAGGGAUCAAUCUAAUCCUCUCUCGAUGGACAGCCCUUGAACUGGCACUCCAACAAUCAGGACGCCCUCGUGAGAAGCUCGCCUCAUGUAUCAUCUCCCUCUUCAUCAAUUCCAGAAAGGAGGAACUAUGUCCAGAAGUUUUGGAGGAUGUCCUCCUUUGGGAGAUGGAAGAGAUGAAAACCAUUUUUGAAGAUGAGGACACAGAAAUAAAGGAGGUAGCAUCCAAUAUUAUGCGUGUUCAUGAAGGAUGCAUGAAAGGAGACUAUAGUUUUGUAGAGAGGUUAAGGGCUUGGAAACCACCCGCUUGGAUUGGUGCCCAUGUUGGGAAGGCAACCGUUUAUGAGAGUGAUGAUAACAGCUGGGAUAGUGAUGAUUCUGAUGCUGAAGAUGAUGUUGGGAGUCCAGUGAAUAAUUGUGGUGGCACAUCAAAUAUGAUGGCUCUAGAUUUUCCGAUGUCUCAUCCUGCUGCUGCUGCAAAUGGUGGUGAUGAAAUGGCGAUUGACGGUGAUGUAUGCAUGUCUUCUCAGUCAACUGCUGAAGAUGAUGAUGAUGGUGGCGGGUGGGCUGUAGUUGCACGUAAGCACAGCAGCAGCAAUGGUCGGCGAGGGAAAGGGGGUAUGGGGUCGCAUAAUGGUAAUAGGAUUCUUUGAUGUGUUUGGAUUUAGACUGGAUAUGUUUUUCAUGUUGUUAUUAUUAGCAUCUGCUAUACUCUAUUUGGGCAUGACACUAAGCUAUGUUGUACCAAAACGCAAAAAUCACGAGGAAAUCGGAAACGAGAAUCGUCAACUUUUGCUCAAAAAAGUUUUAGAACAUUGUUUGUAUCUAGCAUAUGAUCUAUGACACAAAUUAAUACUCUCUC